UUGCUUUCUUGUCCAGCGCACAUCCGUGACGAAGGAUGCCAGCAUAUCAUUCUGCGUUCAACGAGGUGACCUGUGCCGAUGCAUGCGGGUUUUCGCUUCUCCCGUUGAAGAGUCGCUCCCGAGGUCCCGCCCCUCCAUGCCCAGAUGACCAGGAGGACGUUGCCGAUGAGAUCUUGACGCUGUUCCGAGCCAACGUGCUGUUCACGAACUACGAGAUCAAGGGCAACGCCGACCGCGUGUUGGUGUACGGCACAUUGUUCACGCACAUGUGCUUGAAGCGCUUGGAGAAAUGUGCGACCAAGGCAGAUGCCCAGCGCGCAUUGGCCCAGGUCGCCUCCGACAGCUUCGCCGUGCCUGGGGAACCGAGCUUUCCACUUGGGGGACUCGUCAAGGCAGCGGCAAACGCGUCAGAGACAGAAACCGCCCGCGGAUACCUCAAGCAACUGCGCGAAGCCAUUUCGACUCGGCUGAUCGACCAAGUGUUUGCCGACGGUACCACCAAGAGCAAGUGGUGGAUGUUCUUUGCCAAGCGGAAGUUUAUGAACAAGGAAAUGCUCAAGUAGCGCACGAAUUUACUCUGUGGCCGCCACUGCUACCUAUGCCUUCUUAACCACUCUAUCCAUUCUUGUCGUCCCAUGUUGAGGUCCCCGACACUUGGUACACACAUCACGGUGGACUGGACG